ACAUCAUUGAACAAGGGUUUGACUGCCAUAAGAGGAGCUGCUGCACUUUCACUCUGAGCAGAAAACAGUUCAGAGAGAAGACAGCGCAAUGACAAUGACUUCAACAAAGCAAGUGCGGAUUGUUCUUCUGGGUAAAACUGGAUCAGGAAAAAGUGCAACAGGAAACACAAUCCUGGGCAGAGAUAAAUUCGAAGUUGUUGGUUGUAUAAAAUCGGCCAAUAAAUUGUGUGGGAAACAGGAAGGAGUGGUGGAGGGAAAGACCAUCUCAAUAACUGACACUCCAGGACUGUUUAAUACAGCUGUGACAAAACAACAACUGAAGGCUGAAAUGGAAAAGUGUGUAGAGAUGUCUGCUCCUGGUCCUCAUGUGUUUCUGCUGGUACUAAAGCUGGGUAUGAGAUUCACAAAAGAGGAGAGAGACACGGUGAAAUGGAUUCAGGAGAACUUUGGAGAUGAAGCUUUGUGUCGUACCAUCAUUAUGUUCACUCACGCUGAUCAGCUGAAGGGAAAGCCUUUGGAUGAGUACAUCAGGAAAAGUGAUCAUUUGCAGGAAUUAGUUAACAGCUGUGGUGGCAGAUUUCACUCAUUCAACAAUGAGGACAGAAAUAAUCGAGAUCAGGUCACAGAACUGCUGAAAAAGAUCGACACAAUAAUGCAGAAAAAUAAAAAGAGCCAUUACACUCCUGAGAUGUUUAAAAAAACAGAAAUGCCAAGGAAGAAGACAAAGGUAAUGAGCACAAUAAUUGCACUUGUAGGUGUAGUGCUAAUUGGGUUUGGUAUUUGGUAUUAUUGUACUCUGCCAUCACAGCUGCAGGAGAACAUGACAUCACAGCUGCAGGAGAACAUGACAUCACAGCUGGAGAAUAUGACAUCACAGCUGCAGGAGAACAUGACAUCACAGCUGCAGGAGAACAUGACAUCACAGCUGGAGAAUAUGACAUCACAGCUGCAGGAGAAUAUGACAUCACAGCUGCAGGAAAAUAUGCCAUCACAGCUGGAGAAGAUGACGUCACUGCUGCAGGAGAAGAUGACAUCACAGCUGGAGAAGAUGACGUCACUGCUGCAGGAGAAGAUGACAUCACAGCUGGAGAAGAUGACUUCACAGCAGGAGAAGAUGUCAUCACAGCUGGAGAAAAUGACAUCACAGCAGGAGAAGAUGACAUCACAGCAGGAGAAGAUGACUUCACAGCAGGAGAAGAUGUCAUCACAGCUGGAGAAAAUGACUUCACAGCAGGAGAAGAUGACAUCACAGCUGGAGAAGAUGACGUCACAGCAGCAGGAGAAUAUGACAUCACAGCUGCUGGAGAAGAUGACAUCACAGCUGCAGGAGAAUAUGACAUCACAGCUGCUGGAGAAGAUGACAUCACAGCUGCUGGAGAAGAUGACAUCACAGCUGCUGGAGAAGAUGACAUCACAGCUGCUGGAGAAGAUGACAUCACAGCUGCAGGAGAAUAUGACAUCACAGCUGGAGAAAAUGAAAUUACAGCAGGAGAAGAUGACAUCACAGCUGGAGAAGAUGACGUCACAGCUGGAGAAGAUGACAUCACAGCUGCAGGAGAAUAUGGCAUCACAAGCUGGAGAAGAUGACAACACAGCUGCAGGAGAAGAUGACAUCACAGCUGCUGGAGAAUAUGGCAUCACAAGCUGGAGAAGAUGACAACACAGCUGCAGGAGAAGAUGACAUCACAGCUGCGGGAGAAGAUGACAUCACAGCUGGAGAAGAUGAUAUCACAGCUGCAGGAGAAUGAUUGCACUUGCAGCAAAUCUAGCAAAUCUUGGUUUUAGUAUGAAAGCAACAGGAGCUCUAGAAAGUGCAAAGCAGCUGCAGGAGAAGUCACUGCCAAAAAUGUAAACUUUAACGCAAUACCUGCCAAAUAGUGAUCGAGGUCAGCGCUUGCUUCAGUUAGGCAGUUUGACUCUUGACUGUUUUAGUGUUUUUAUGGCUGCUCUUGCUGUUUGCUUUGGCAAGAAAAACAAGAGACAAUGUGGUCAGCUACUAGAUGAUAAAAAUAUAAUCAUCAUUUAGUGGCUUAAUUCAUUGAUCUAAUGACUGAGCUUUUUAUCAGCAAAAUGUGUUUAACUUUGUGCUAUCUCUUCUAGAAUUACAACAAUAAUGUUUUAAUCAGAAAGUUUGAAAAACACAUUGUUCACUAAACACUUCAAACCUGCUGCAAGAUUCACUUACACAGACAUCAAGAAUCAGUGUAUGAAUCUCAACAAUGGUGACAUGCUUCAUGCUGCAAUGCAUUCUGGGAGCCAUGGAUGAGUUUUGUAUGAGGCACCCAGAAUGCAUUGCGGCAUGAAGAAUGUCACCAUUGUCGAGAUUUUUGCAGGUGUUUUAAAGCAUUUAAUGUACAUUGUAUUUUUCAGAUUUUUUAUUUUGAUCUUAUUUUUGUAAUUGUUUUUGUUAUUCUGGAAGAGAUCCAGCUCAAAAUUAAUAAUUUUUUUUCAUAUAAAGCUCAGUCAUUAGAUCAGUGAACAAAGCCAUAACAUGAUGACAAUUAGAUUCAUAUCAUUGAACAGCUGACAACAGUUAAACAGAUUGUCUUUUGCUUUUCUUGCCAUAACAAACAGCAAAAGCAGCCAAAGAAACAUUAUUACUAAAACAGUCA